AUGCAGCUACAGGAUACUAAUCUAUUCAAGCCUAUAGUUAUUGGAAAUGAUGUCCGAUUGAGCCACAGGGUGGUGCACUUACCAACAUCGAGGUCUCGAUCCACAAAUGAUGGAGAAAAUUUUCCAACCGAUUUGAUGGUCGAUUACUACGAUUCCAGAAGUAAGGUGAAGGCAUCAUUGACAAUUUUUGAGUCAACCUUAGUCUCACCUAGAAGUGGGUUGAUGCCAUAUAAAUCAGGAGCAUGGAGUUUCGAACAAUGCAAAGCCCUAAAGCUAAUAACUGAUAAAGUUCACGCAAAUGGAUCCUUCAUUUCGUGUCAAAUAUUUGCACCAGGACGCACAUCAAAUGUACACUUGCUAAAGAAGAAGGGGCUUCCUUUUGCUGCCCCUUCGCCCAUAUAUCACUCCCCAGAUCAGGCAAAAGCUGCAAGGAACUUGAACUACCCCUUGCAAGAGUUGACCGUUAAGCAAAUACAUCAGAUUCAGCAAGACUUUGUAACAGCUGCAUCGAAUUGUUUGACGGUUGCUGGGUUUGAUUUUGUUGAGCUCCACGGAACUUCGGGAUUUUUGAUUGAGCAAUUUCUUUCCCCCGUUUCCAAUAUGCGGAAUGAUGAGUAUGGUGGGUCAGUUGAAAAUAGGUGCAGGUUUUUGAUUGAGAUUAUCGAGAUGUUUAUCAAACACCCUAGUAUAGGAUGCACGAGAUUUGGGGUGAGGUUAAGCGCUUGGUCAACCCAUUUUGGAAUGAUUUACCCACAUGAUGAGUACCCCAUUGAUGAAACUUUUCCUCCUUUGCUUUAUUGUCAACAUGUGUUGUCUUAUUUAGAGGAACUUAAACAAUCUGGUAACGAGAUCGCUUACGUUUCAAUCCAGGAACCACGUGUGUCAGGAUCGCUCGAUCAAAAUCCAUUGGGUAGAUCAAACUCCUCAUUACUACUGAAAUGGUCUGGUGUUAUCAUAAGAGCUGGUGGGUACGCCACAAAUUAUAAAGGAGAUCCAAGCUGUAUUGCCUCAAACAACUCCAACUUGUCCAUUGUUGAUGGUAAAAUCCAGCAUUACUCGUCAUUAAUUCAAGACGUCAAUUCUGAUGACCGAACAGUAAUUGGAUUUUCAAGACCGUUUACUUCCAACCCUGAUCUCAUCGAGAGACUUCGAACGAAUAAGAAAUUGGAUUUGUAUCAUCGAGAGUAUUUCUACACACACGAAUUGGAAGGAUAUUUGACCUUUGGAGAAUACGUUGAUGAUGAGCUCUACUCGAAUACUUUGAAAUUGUCACAAAGGGAGUUACACAGACAGGGAAAGUCACUCGCCAUUAAUGGCGCAUGUAACAGUGAAUUAAGUGUAUAG